UCAUCUUUUCCCUUUAUUCAGAUUUGCUCAAUAUCUACUUCUUUUCCACCCUUUUUUCAAUAUUUUAUUGGAUUAUGGAAUACUAUUAUACAGUAUAUUUGGUGCAUGCAGGUCUAUAAAAUCUGCAUUUUUAGUGUUCUUGUUUCAAAAUUUCUAGCAACUGCAAGAGCAUAUUAACUCUAAUAAAAAAUCUAAGUUACUUAUUUUAGUGUAAGAGAAGGAGUUAAUAAUGCAGGGAUUUAGAGACCAGAUUUUUAGCUCUGAAUCUGGUUUGGAAAUUCAGAAACUUGGAAAUGAUGAGUUUGAUGAUGAUGGGAAGCCUAAGAGAACAGGAAACGUUUGGACUGCAAGUGCACAUAUUAUUACAGCAAUCAUAGGCUCUGGAGUUCUCUCACUAGCAUGGGGAGUUGCACAGCUUGGAUGGAUUGCCGGUGUUGCGACUCUUGUCAUUUUCUCCGGCAUCACAUUGUACACGGGCAGCCUCCUUGCAGAUUGCUAUCGAUCCCCAGUUACUGGAAAACGCAACUAUACUUACAAGGAAGUUGUCAAGAACAACCUUGGUCAAGUGAUGUAUAUGUUUUGUGCAACGGUUCAAUAUGUGAACUUAACCGGGAUGGUGAUCGGAUACACCAUCACAGCAUCGAUAAGUAUGGCUGCUAUCCAGAAGUCGGAUUGCUUCCAUAGCCGAGGCCAUGGGGUUUCAUGCAGUGUUUCUCACAAUCCAUAUAUGAUAGGAUUGGGAGUUCUUGAGAUUUUCCUGUCUCAAAUCCCCAACUUCCACAGGCUGUCGAUGCUCUCUGUCGUUGCAGCCAUCAUGUCUUUUGCAUACUCGUCUAUAGGCGUAGGGCUCGCCUUUGCAAAAGUUGUUUCAGGGGACAGGGGAAGAACCUCGCUCACGGGUGUAGAAAUCGGGGAUGGCCUAACAGCAGCGGAGAAGAUUUGGAGAAUGUUUAGAGCCUUUGGUGACAUUGCUUUUGCUUACACUUAUUCUCAAAUCUUGGUUGAAAUUCAGGAUACACUAAAAUCCAGCCCUCCUGAAAACCAAGUGAUGAAGAAGGCCAAUGUUGUUGCUGUAUCAACUACUACAGCUUUCUACCUGAUGUGUGGCUGCUUCGGCUAUGCUGCAUUUGGCAACGAUGCACCCGGGAAUCUGCUAACGGGCUUCGGUUUCUACGAGCCCUUCUGGCUCGUGGACGUGGCCAACGCCUGCAUUGUGCUACACCUAGUUGGAGCAUAUCAAGUAUUUGCACAACCUAUUUACAGCGUUGUGGAGUCGUGGGCGAGGAAGAAGUGGCCGAGGUCGGUGCUGGUGACCGGGGAGUACACCAUAAGCCUUGACAAAAAGCAAAGGGUUGUGAUCAGUCUCAACUUUUUGAGAUUGAUAUGGAGAAGUUUGUUUGUGAUAUUUGCAACUUUUGUAGCAUUGUUGAUGCCAUUUUUCAAUGAUGUGUUAGCUUUGCUAGGGGCAAUAGGAUAUUGGCCGUUGACAGUGUAUUUCCCCAUUGAAAUGUACAUCGCCAACAAUAGGGUUGGGAGGUGGACCCGUAGGUGGCUCGGCCUCCAACUUAUCAACGGUGUGUGCUUGCUCGUGGCCGUGGCUGCGGCCUGUGGCUCACUCCAAGGGCUCGGGAAGUCGCUCGAGACCUACGAGCCUUUCAAGGUGAAGGACUAGGAUGGUUCAUGGAGAUGUAACAACUCUUUAUAGAAGAGUUGGUAGUUUUUCUAUUUGAAGAUGUUGAUUGGACUAAAAUUUGAACUUUAUAAUGUUCAAAAUAAACGUGAAAUGUUUGACAUGUGCUUCUGAAGAUAGUAAAAGAAAUGAGGAAUACUAUAAGUUAUAGUA